GGAAAUCACACACACAUUUAAUUAAUUCAAUUCAUGUGACGUCAAAUAGAUUAAUUAACAUUUAUUGUGGGAGACACGUCUAGUCCAUUUGUAAAUAAACUCUUAUAUGAACUGAGGAAAAAUUAAUUAGAAUCUACAUGCACUUUCGUGGCUGUUGAAGUGGCUGAGAAAUUAUUUGCAUUUCAAAAUUAACCUCAAAGUAUAGAACAUUAUUUUUGGAGUCAUCAGCUGAUUUAAUUGCAAUAAUAACUCUCAGUAAUUAUGGGUAAAACAUCAAAAGACAAAAGGGAUAUUUAUUAUCGAAAAGCCAAGGAGGAGGGGUGGAGGGCUCGAAGUGCAUUUAAAUUGUUGCAAAUUGACAAUGAAUUCGAGAUUCUGAAAGGCGUCACUAAAGCUGUGGAUUUAUGUGCUGCUCCAGGGAGUUGGAGUCAAGUCUUAUCACGAAAAUUGAAUGAAAAUCAUUCUUUGAUCCUGAAAAAACGAGAAGAAAUAGGAGAUGGGGUUGAGUCCGUCGAAUUAGAUCGACCAAAAAUUAUAGCAGUUGAUCUGCAAGCAAUGGCCCCUCUGGAGGGUGUAAUUCAAAUCCAGGGUGACAUAACAAAAACUUCCACCGCUGAGGAGAUCAUCAAACAUUUUGGAAACACAAAAGCUGAUUUGGUCGUGUGUGAUGGUGCACCUGACGUCACUGGAUUACACGACAUGGACAUCUACAUUCAAUCUCAGCUAUUAUUAGCAGCUCUCAAUAUUACUACUCAUAUCCUGAGCCCGGGAGGAACAUUCGUUGCAAAGAUAUUCCGUGCCAAGGAAGGAUCUUUGCUCUACUCGCAAUUAAAAAUAUUUUUCACUGACGUCUUCUGCGCGAAGCCGAGUAGCUCGAGGAAUUCAAGUAUUGAAGCAUUCGUUGUGUGCAAAAAUUAUUCACCACCAGACGAUUAUAAACCGCACAUGCUGAAUCCCCUGCUCACCCAUGAACCUUUGAAUUUCGAUCAAUUGACAGGAAUAAACAGAUACGUCGUACCAUUCGUUGUUUGUGGAGACUUGACACAACCAGACUCUGAUGCUUGUUAUCCUUUGAAUCUCGAUGGAAACAUCUACCAACACCAUGAUCCAGUUCAAGGACCCCUGCAAUCUCCAUACGAAGACGCAAUGAAACUCGCAGCUCGGGAUAAUUUACGGAAAGUAAAUUCCAGUGUCGUUAUCCAUCACGAUAACCCACCAUCACAAUGCGAAAAUUCGAAUACAGAUGAACCGAAACCGUCAACUGAACCCACAAGUAGUAUUGGAAAAAUUCGUGAUGCAUUUGUCGAUUUAAAUAUUGCAGACCAAUAAAAAAAAAUCAUAAUAAAUUUUAAAUAUCUCAGAGAAAUUUCUACAGAGCCAAUAAAGAACUAGAAGAAACUAU